AUGAGUUCAACAAAGGUGAUUUUCAUCCCUGGUGCGUGGCACAACCCUCGCUGUUUCGACAAAGUGAUUCGACGGCUGGAAGCCGACGGUUACCACACAGGCGUCGUCCACUUGCCCUCUGUUGGUCCUAUCAAGCCUCAGUCCGAUUUCUCGGAAGAUGUAUUUCGGAUCAGGGAACACAUAGAGAGCGCGGCCAAUGCUGGCCAAAGAGUGGUGGUCGUGAUGCACUCGUACGGUGGGCUUCCGGGCUGUGAGGCAAUUCGUGGCCUAGACUGGGCAUCUCGACAGCGACAGGGUAGACCAGGGGGUGUCGUUCAUCUCUUCUUUUGCUGUUCAUUCAUCGUUCCAGAGGGGAAAUCUUUGAUUAGUUCCUUUGGCGGCGAUGGUCUCCUUUGGUUCCAAGUCUCAGACGACCGCUUGCUCGUGACACCGGCUACCCCCAGAGAAACAUUCUACAACGACAUGGGCGGACUUGAUGCAGAAAGGGCUGUCAAGGCGUUAAAACCGCACAGUUAUCAGACAUUUCAUAGCAAGGUUACGUUCGCGGCUUGGAGGCAUGUUCCUUCCACGUACCUCUAUUGUCUGAGGGACGAGGCGAUCCCACUCUCGGUGCAGAAAAUGAUGGUGGAGGAGGUCGCUAAAGGAAUCGAGAUUCACACUCACGUUGUGGAUGCAUCUCACAGCCCCUUUUUUACAAAACCAGGCCAUGUGGCAGAUGCCAUCAAAGCAGCCGCUCAGCGAUCCUAG